CGAACAUUUUGCGCAAAAAUAAGAGAAAAUGUCUCUUCGAAAGGUUCAUAAGAAAUGCAUCGUUGCAAGCUUUCGUGUCUUCAUACUCGUUAAAUGGCUGAGAAACACACUACUAUGGCGUCUCCUCUCUCUAGCCCCCGCCGGGUUAGCAAGGAUGUCACCGAAAGCCAUCUCGAUGGCGACGACACUUCCGAUGUGUACAUCACGAGCGAAUCUCGAAAGCAAAUCGGCCUCACCAGCGCGUGCUUCCUCAUAUUCAACCGCAUGGUGGGAACUGGUAUAUUCGCUACACCUAGCAGCAUUUUUGCCUCUAGUGGUAGCGUCGGUCUAGCCUUAUUCAUAUGGGUCAUUGGUAUGCUCAUCGCUGCCUCUGGCAUGAUGGUUUACCUCGAAUGGGGAACUGGCCUCCCACGAAACGGCGGAGAGAAGAACUAUCUUGAGUUUUUCUACCGCAGGCCCAAAUUCCUUGCUACUGGCUUCUACACCGGAUAUGUGGUUCUGCUUGGCUGGGCGGGUUCCAACAGUGUCAUUUUCGGCGAAUACAUCCUCAAUGCAGCCCAAGUUGAAGUAAACCGAUGGAACCAGCGAGGCGUUGGUCUGGCUUGCAUCACUGCUGCGUUCCUCAUUCAUGGCCUGGCCCUGAAAUGGGGACUUCGGCUCCAGAACGUUCUCGGGGUCAUCAAGCUGAUCAUCCUUCUUAUCAUCAUCUUUUCCGGCUUUGCAGCGCUCGGUGGUCAUCUCAAGGUUGACAAGCCUCACAACUUCGAUGAUGCCUUUAAGGGCACAACCGGUUCCGCCUAUGGCAUCGUAACAGCUCUCUAUAACGUCAUCUGGAGCUACAUCGGUUACAGCAAUGCCAACUACGCCAUGUCGGAGAUGCGCAAUCCGGUUCGGAAUCUCAAAAUCGCCGCACCUCUAGCCAUCCUCAUCGUAGGAAUCCUUUAUAUGCUUGCCAAUAUCGCCUAUUUUGCUGCUGUACCCAGGGAAGAAAUUCUCAGCAGCGGACGUAUCCUUGCAGCAAGCUUCUUCAGGAACGUUUUCGGGCCAAAGGCGGAGAGAGCGUUGAGUGUAUUUGUGGCACUGAGUGCUUUCGGAAAUGUCCUCUCCGUUAUUUUCUCGCAAGGACGACUGGUACAAGAGCUAGGGCGAGAAGGUAUCCUACCUUUCUCGAGACUCUGGGCAAGCAACAAACCCUUCAAUGCACCAUUCGCAGGGCUGUUUGAGCAUUGGUUGGUUUCAGUGAUCAUUAUGCUCGCCCCGCCGCCGGGAGAUGCGUACAACUUCAUCCUGAACUUAAUCUCCUACCCCCUCUCUAUCGUCAACAUCUUCGUCUCUUUCGGUCUCCUUUACCUCCAUCUCCCACUACCAGUCCGCUUCCGCCACUCUCAAGCCGCUAACUGGCGCCCACCCGUCCGAGCCACCCUCCCCGUAAUUGUCUUCUUCUUCCUCAGCAACAUCUACCUCGCCGUAGCUCCCUACGUCCCACCGCCAACUCCAGCCGACAACCAGUACAAAAGCUUGCCCUACUACCUCCACUGUGUAGUCGGAUUGGGGAUACUCGCAGCUGGUGGAGUUUACUGGGUCAUUUGGGCAAAGCUGCUACCAUGGAUUGGGAAAUAUGAGUUGCGGAGAGCGGUCGUACAGGAGGCGGAUGGAUGGUCGAGAAAUGCUUUUACUCAUGUACGGAAGGAACAAUAGGUGUGGUAUAAGAUUAAUGGUGGAAGGUGCGUAAUAUUUGGGAACAAGGAUAAGAAACAUACAGAUUGUAAUAAGAUGAUCACUUUUUUUGUGUUUAUGUUCGUUUUAGUACCGUGUUAAAGGUCUGUGUACACCUAUCUGGCACUGCUUAAAGAGAGAACAUUCAUCAUUUGACGACUAGCCUUGGAUUGUUUGCUGAAAGCUAUCGAAAGAACUAUACCUUUCCAGGCCUAUCCGUCGAGCUC